AAGAAAAAUGAAUUCACUCACACCUCAGCAGCAGCGGCAGCAGUAUUCGAUGCGCCUUCGGACGCAAAAAUUACACAAACACUUUCACUCUGCGAGAAAUUCACAGAGCAAUACUACCGGUGUCUCUCAAAAUCCACCUUAAUUUGGAAUGGCACAGGGAUGAGUGGCGCGCAAUUCAAGCAAAUGCUUCAAGAGAUUCAGAAAACAAUGACUCACUUUGACAUACACGGAUUGGACUGCCAGCCAUUGGGUGGUGAACUAGUGUUGGUCAAUGUCAGCGGGCUGGUGAAGAUGGGCGGUGGCGGAAAAGUGCAGUUUGCACAGACGUUUGUUUUGGAAAAGACCAACGGUUUGAUGUACAUAGUAUCGGACUGCUUCCGGCUGGUUUAAAAUAAAAUCGGACUUUAAUAUAAUAAUAGAGCAUGUUGAUAAAAAA